CUUCGAGCUGAAAGCCACAAUUGUUUCAUUAUAAUUGUUUUGUUUGGGAAGGUGGACCGUACAUGUUUUGUAUUCGUCGGAUUGCUUCUUCACGGAUGAAAUCGAGUUUAUUACCAUGUAACUAAGGGAAGUCAUCCUCGCUGAAGGAAUGUUAUUGUCAACAAGUGGGCCGAGGUCUCACAGUGCUAAAUAUUAAAAGUAAUAAUAAAAAAUCCGUCGGCGUUGCUUUGCUGUGUGAAGGGAUGCAUGACGGCACCACAGACAUCUUGCUGAAGGAGGACGAACAAAAAAUGGUUUUGCCUAAGAGAAAAAUGGGAAGGAUGGUCAAAAUUGGCCUGUCUGUUUUAGGAAUUACAGUCAUUAUCGUUAUGGUGUCAGUGCUGCUCUCGGGAAGGUCGAAGAUAGUUCAUAUCAUGCAUUCAUCAGCUGCUUUAGAGAUUGGUGAUGUUUCUUACGACAAAGAAUUCAAAACUUUUGUUUUCAAAGAUCAGGAAAAUGGAAUCCCUUAUCUUGCAAUUUCUGCUCCUUAUAAAUUUAUUGAUUCUCAGGUCCCAGCACCAAAUUCAUUCUGUCGGAAUAAUUUUUCCAACUUCGAGGAGGAGCAACUGGACCCCACGUUGAAAGAAAAGUUGCAGAAGAAACAUUCACAGGUCUGUGCGAACUUUGAAAAUAAUGUUAAAGCAGCAUUAUAUGAAAUGGAAAUAGGUGAUAUGCCUUGCCUCUACGUUCAGUGGUAUACUAGUGACAAAGACAAAGAGAUAACUAAUUGCUUCAAGAUGAAUAACAAGGUGAACUGGUAUGGUGGAGGUGGUCUGUCGGUACACAGAUGGCCUCUAAAUCGUGCAAAUGUACCCAUGCAGGCUUUUUUGACAAGACAAAAUAUACCUACUGAUGGAAAGGAAGCUAAUUUUGACUCUUUCAUCGAACCGUUUUUCUUUAGCUCCAGCGGAGUGGCUAUAUUAGUUGACAACCAUUUGCCAUUAUUUGUGUCAGUCGGUGGAAAGGGAAAAGAAAUAUGCUUUAAAUCUGCCUUUCAGAGGCCAUAUGAUUCAAAAACCUUUGGAAAUUACAACCUGUUGAAAUAUCGUGUCUGCAAGGCAAAGACUGGAAAGUCAGUUCACCGUAAAAUUAUGAAAUCUGAGAAAAUUUUACACCCGUAUGAAGCCCCCAAAACAGAGAUCUUGCAGAAGCCAAUCUGGAGUACUCGAGGAAGGAGCAUGAUGUUUCAAAGACUGACUGGUGUUAUGGCGUUUGUGAAGAAUAUCACUGCUGGGAAUUUGCCUUACAGCAUGUUCCUUAUUGACGGCAACUACUCACGUGCAAGUGGCAACUUUUAUUUUCACGAAAAAAGAUUUUCUCACUCAAAUCAGUUUAUAAUGGAAUUACUCUCAGACAAUACAGGAGACAAAUUCAUGGUUGGAACAGAGGUUUUUCCACAUGUGCCCAGAGAAAAAUAUGAGCAGUACUCUGUUCACGGAACAAUGCGAAAUGCCGAAGACAUUCACUUGCCACUUUUCUUAGAUGUCACAAAUGAAGAAGCAGUCCGGUGGUACAAAGGUCAGUUAAUGGAUAUCAAAAGCCAAGUCUCUGUUGCUGGCUUUCGCUUUUCUGGGGGUCAUGCUUUUAACUUCUUUGAGUCUCUGGAAAAAGAGCAUAUGGAGACAAAGUCAGCUCUUCCAUCUUUGAAUGAUUUCACCACGGCAUACUCUGAGAUAGCUGGUGAAUUAGGUGGCUAUUCGCUGAUGGGUAGUGGAUUCAAAAGUCAACAAGACACAUUUGUGGCUGAUGCUGGGCCCAUGGCCUCCACCUGGAUGCAUAACAAGGGACUGAAGUCAGUGAUACCUACUGUGUUGACCUAUGGACUUCUGGGAUAUCCAUUCGUCCUGGCCGGCCCAAUCGGUGGUUUGAAGACAUCAGCUGACUCAACCUCUGCCAGAAAUUCGUUACCCAAUAAAGAACUCUUUAUAAGAUGGUUACAGCUCUCGGCCUACCUUCCAGUCAUGGAGUUCUCUGUUGGACCAUGGGAGUAUGGGGAGAAAAUCGCUAACUACACAAGAGAGGUACUGCAGUUCCGUCAGCAAGUCUUGUGGCCACAGUAUUUUUCAGGAGCUGUGAAGGAAACCACUGAAACAGGGGUUCCUAUUGCCCGGCCACUGUGGUGGGUGGCACCACAUGACAGCAUUGCUCAGUUCAUCGACUGCGAGUUCAUCCUGGGCCGAGACUUGUUGGUAGCGCCCGUUCUAUACGAAAAUGCACGAGGUCGAGACAUAUACCUCCCGGAGGGUGGCUUCUGGGUAGAUCAGCUGCGGGGCAAAGUGUACAAGGGAGGUCAGUGGCUGCCACGUUACAGAGUUGGGCUGUACGAGAUUGCAACCUUCAAGCGACAGCCUCCACCGCCUGUUUCGCCAUCGAAAGGAUGAUUUGUUUGUUACUGUGUAGUGUGUGUUAAUUUUCUGUGUGUUUGUAAGUAAAUUUGUUGUAAGGG